CGCCCGGGAGCAGCCGCGCUCCGCCGCUCCCCGCCCGCCCAGCCGGGGCCGCCCUCGCCGGGAGCAGCAGCGCUCGCUCGCUCUCCGCCGCCGGGGCCGGCGCGGAGCGGAGAUGGUGCCGCUGGUGCGGAGCGCCGGGGGCUCCCACCAGUGGCUGGCGAUCGUUUUCCUCGGCCUUUGCUGGUUCCUUCCUCCCGGGAGAUUCGCCGCGCCGGGCGGAGACUUCCCGGGCUCUGCCGUGGACAACCUGGUGGUCAGGAAAGGAGACACGGCCGUGCUGAGGUGUUACCUGGAAGAUGGAGCCUCCAAAGGGGCCUGGCUGAACCGCUCCAGCAUCAUCUUCGCGGGCAGCGACAAGUGGUCGGUGGAUCCCCGCGUGUCCAUCGCCACGGCCAACCACAGGGAGUACAGCCUGCAGAUCCAGGACGUGGACGUGACGGACGACGGCCCCUACACCUGCUCCGUGCAGACCCAGCACACGCCCAGGACCAUGCAGGUGCACCUGACCGUGCAAGUCUCUCCCAAGAUAUUCCGGAUCUCCAGCGACAUCGUCGUGAACGAGGGCAGCAACGUCACCCUGGUGUGCCUGGCCACGGGGAAACCAGAGCCCUCCAUCUCCUGGAGACACAUCUCCCCCUCGGCCAAGCCCUUCGAGAGCGGGCAGUACCUGGACAUCUACGGCAUCACCAGAGACCAGGCUGGGGAGUACGAGUGCAGUGCAGAAAACGAUGUCUCGGUCCCAGACGUGAAAAAAGUAAAAGUCACAGUAAACUUUGUCCCCACAAUUCAGGAACUUAAAUCCAGCGGUGUGAUGCUUGGAGGGAACGGCCUGAUCCGGUGCGAAGGUGCAGGAGUGCCUGCCCCGGUCUUUGAGUGGUACAAAGGAGAGAGGAAACUGAUCAAUGGUCAACAAGGAAUCACUAUUAAAAAUUAUAGUACAAGAUCCCUUCUUACUGUUACCAAUGUGACAGAAGAGCACUUUGGCAACUAUACUUGUGUCGCUGCCAACAAGCUAGGGACGACCAAUGCCAGCCUGCCUCUCAACCAAAUUAUUGAGCCUACUACCUCUAGUCGUGUCUCAAGCCCAGCUCCCAGCACAGCCCAGUACGGGAUCACCGGGCACGCCGAGGUGCUGUUCUCCUGCUGGUCCCUGGUGCUGACGCUGUCCUCCCUCAGCAGCAUAUUCUACCUGAAGAACAUCCUUCUGCACUAAAUGUAAAGACCCAUAAAAGGCUUUUAAGGAUUCUCUGGAAGUGCUGGUGACUGGAUCCAAUCUGGUAGAGUUUGUUAAAAGCGGCGUGGGAUAUAAUCAGUGCUUACAUGGGGAUGAUCGCCUUCUGUAGAAUUGCUCAUUAUGUAAAUACUUUAAUUCAACUCCUUUUUUUUUGAUUAGCUGCAUUACCUUGUGGAGCAGUACACAUUGUCCUUUUUUAAGACGUGAGAACUCUGAAAUUACUUUUAGAGGAUAUUAAUUGUGAUUUCAUGUUUGUAAUCGACAAGUUUUCAGAAGCAUUCAGUCAUGGUCUGCUGAGUCGCAGACUGUAGUUUACAAAAAAAAGGAUAUUGCAGUAAAAAUGUGCUUCUUUAAGGCUGCAAUACAAACAUUCAGUUCCCUUCUCAACUAGCAUUCUCUCCAAACUUACACAAAAAACAUUUGUUCUUUUUUGAGUCAAAAAAAAAAAAUUCAAAUAAUAUUGCCUUCAAAAUAUUUCUUCAAAAUAUUACACAUAUCUAGAUUUUCUUCUAGCAUGAUAUUCAGGUUUCAAGAAUGAGCCUUGUACUAUAACUGCGUUGUGCAGUACUGCUUUUGUUCUCUUCCCUCUUUCCUGCCAAUUCAGCAUGGUUGUGCCUUCAUGAAACACGACUUUCCUCUUCCUCUCCAACCAGUCUGGAAUGUGUUCUGGGAAGUGCUGGAGCAUCCUUUUGAGCGGAAGGGAUCCCUGGGCGAGGCAGGAAAGGGGAGCUCCCAGGGGCAGGGCUCAGCUCAAGGGUAGCACCAACUCCUCUUUGUCCCUCCCUCCACCACCACUGAGCAGCAGGUGACCUCUGUAAGAACGACAUUUCCCACUAGAAAACAGGACUCAGAUUAUUUUGUGGCACCUUUUGAAUGUCGGAAUGUUCCCCUAAAGCCAAACUCCCGCCGGGCUGUAAAGGUCAGGAUCGUCCCUUUUGUAUGGCUGGCAAAGCCGACGUCAAUUGGUAUUUUUCUUGCACUCAGUUUUGUACUGGUUUGGCUGAUUUAGCAAUGAUAAAGGAUGCUUUGAACCAUGAGACACCUGCAAAUCCCUGCAGUAUCAAGCAGAGUUUUCUAUCCCUGUGGCAGCAGCGAGGGUGCUCCUGCUGAGGGCACGUGGCCGUGCUUGGGAGAGCCACCUGUGCAGGCAGGGCUUGGGGACCUGCUCCCCUGGGCAGGGCUGUCCCUCCCAGCCCCCAGACACCCUCCCCUGCUGCAGCCCUCGAGGGGACCCUGCUGGCACACCCCGAAGGACCAGCCCAGAAAUCCAAAUCGUGUGUGAUGGCGCUUUGUCCUUCGCAGCCUGCACGGUGUUGGUGUGCAGUGCUGCUCACAGCUCACACCUGACUGACAGCUGCCACCCGUGUCACUCACUGGGGUGGCCGUGGCCAGCAGCCCUUGGGCACCAGAUCCCCUGGUGGCCCCGAGAGCUCCUGACCUGCUCACCAACAACCACUGACAGCAGGAACAACAAAAUCCUGAGUAACAGAAUCCCGGGCUGGGCUGGGUUGGGUUGGGAGGGACCUCAGAGCCCAGCCCACCCCAGCCCUGCCAGGGACAGGGACAGGGACAGGGACAGGGACAGGGACACCUCCACUAUCCCAGGCUGCUCCAAGCCCUCUCCAGCCUGGCCUUGGGUGGGACAGCACCACUUUCACUGUGAUCACUCCCAGGUUCUGUGACACCAACUGCCCAGCUCCCACUUCUUGUCCUCACGGCAGGUCUUGGCAGUGAGCAGCCCCAGCUGAGCCUGGGAAUACUCAGCAGUCCCAAGAUCCUGGAUUUUCAGCAAGGAGGACUCGGAGUUUCCUGGGCUCAGUCUGGGCUGUCCCAGCCAGGAGCUGCAGUGCCUCUGCUGUCCCUGCUGAGAAAACAGAGAUGUUCACUCCAAAAGAUGGCAGUAAAACAUCCUGGGUCACUCUGCGUGUGGUCAGUGACAGACUGUAUUAUUUCUCCUAUUAUUUACAGCCAUGUGCCAAGCAGUUGCUCUUUUCAGAAAUGUGGCAUUUUUUUAAAACCUGGAAUAACAUGAACAAACCCAUUCUGGAAGGAAAGGGUACAAACUCACCUCAAAUGAGUUUAUCAGUCCUGAUAUCCCGAUCUCUCUUGUAUUGCAGCUUUAAAGUGCUCUAUUUUAGAAUCCAUUCACUAGAAACAGUGGUGCUGCAGGAAGUCUUGUGUCAGUGCAGUUUUAUGAAGGAAAAAAUGAGGAUAUGGAUGACCCAACCCAUGUGUGUAAGACUGGGAGAGGGUUCUAUGCUGUGGCUGGAUCAAACCCUGCAUUCCAGUGAUACAUUUGCAUUCCAGUGAUUCCUGACAUUUGGAACCUGAUCUUUCCAGCAACAGAAUAGAAUGAACAGCGGCUUUAUUAAAUAUGAAAAAAGGAA